AUGCUAUGCCGACGCGCAUAUCGCCUGGGACCACACUCUGGUCUCACUGGCAAGGCCUUGUCAGCGCAAUGUCGCUCUGUGUACACUCACGUUUGCAUUGCGACGGGUGAAGACCUCAGCCCCAUACGCGACAAGGUUCACCACACUGUACGCUCGCGCAAAGAUGAGAGCGCAAAAGACCUGCCUCUCCCUCCUCUGUUGGAUCCCAUAGUACUGGACAAGAGGUCAAGGUGGGAAAACACCAAGGCUCAGCCUAAAGCCGCGGAGUUCACUCCUUUCCAGAAGAGGCUGCAAGCAAAUCCCUAUGUUCGCCAAUGCCGCGCGACCCUGAUCUCCCUCCCCGUUGCAUUCCUCACAUCGUUACAUGCUCGCCCACACCCUACGACCAACGAGCCAUGGCUCCUCCCAGUAUCGCUCACUACAGACAAGGAACAUCUUGGACCACCGUAUCGUUUCCUUGGCAGCCACUGGAUGACCACACACUUGGGCAAGAAGAAGCAGUGGCAGAGAGGCACCUACUCGCGCAUGACAGAGAAACUGGGCUCCGACAACAUGAAAAAACUGGUCUGGAGAGAGGAUCUGCCGGAUCUGAUUUUGGACCUUAUGCAGAAACAGCUUAUAAAGAAGCUGAGCUGGAAUUUUGGGUUCAGGGGACGCCUGGCACCCGUUGCUAGCCCCAGAACCGAGGAUAUUGAGAGCAUCGACCAUGUCUCGUGCGUGCUGAUUUUCCGAUCCUUGCGCACGCGAGCAGACGAUGCUCAGGAUCUUGCCGAGGACACGUACGAUGAGAUGGACAAGUGGUCGUCGUAUUUCGCCAAGAGCUACGUUGACAAGCUGGACCCCCAUGCUCCACCCAAAGUCACUCAUACACCGCCUUCUUGCCGCGAAUCCGAUUCCCCGAACUAG